AUGCUCGACUUGGCAGGCCUGAAAAACGAGGAAUGCAGAAAGAAGUUCUGCUACCGAGUGUCGAUCAACAUUGGAUUACAGACCAGGAAGAGAAUGGAUGACGGUGACUCUUUCACUAAAUGCAUUCAGGACGCCGCAAAGGAAACGCUCCAGGCUUUAGCACCGAGGAAGAAGUCUGCUCUUGCAUCUGCGGAUACAAUAUACACGUACGAUUCUGUAGGUGUUGCCCGCGCUACUGGUGACGUCAGCCAGUAG